AUGUCUUCCUAUCAACCUCCUUCGUUUGAUGAACCUCUUCCCGGUGAAAGUACUGCUCCAUUGAGAUCCGGAGAUGGUAUUGAUAAUAAUUCAGUGAUGAAUACGUUGAUCAAUAGUUAUAAUCAAGGCUGCCCUUGUGGACAUCCUGUAGUUUGUUUUUUCCAUCUCUUCUUCAAAAUUGCAGCACUACUUUGCUAUUUGUUUUUGACUAUUUUCACUGAUAAUUUUGUUCUAGUAUUUGUUCUAGUUGUUCUGCUAUUAUCGUUUGACUUUUGGACAGUUAAAAAUAUCACAGGUCGAUAUUUGGUAGCUUUGAGAUGGUGGAAUGAUAUUAAACAAGACGGAACAAGUGUGUGGAGAUUCGAGAACAAGAGUGACAGCAAGCAAAUUCACAGAUUAGAUAAGAUGAUUUUCUGGGGAUCUAUGUACACACAACCUGUAAUUUGGAUUUUACUCUCUCUAGUAUGCUUUAUUAGAUUUAAUUUCCAAUGGAUGGUCGUUGUAAUUUUUGCUCUCGUGUUGACAUGCAUUCAACUCUACGGAUUUGUGAAAUGUUCCAGAAUUGAUACUGGAAGUGAAUUGAAAAAUUUCAUUAUCGAACGAGGACUCUUGCAAAGUGUGCUUGCCAGACUAUUCAGCACAGACAGCAUUUUCAACAGAGGAGGAGGAUCACAAUCGAAUCCAUCCAACGUAUAA